UUCUUCUCUCUCUCUCUCACAACACAUAAUCUUCAAUAAUGGCUUGGCUUCUGCAAGUCCUUCAUUUCCUCCUCCUUGUACCUUUUCUUCUUGUCUGUUCUUCUUCAUCAGCCUUCUCACAUCAAAUUCCUAAGCCUUAUGUUGUUUACAUGGGAAGUUCAGCAUCAAGCAGCAAUGCCUUGGAUUCCAAGAUUGCAGAAUCUGCUAAUUUGCAGCUAUUGUCAUCUAUUAUUCCAAGAGGAGAGAGUGAGAGGAUAGCCCUAAUCCACCAUUACAGUCAUGCUUUCAGUGGAUUCUCGGCCAUGCUUACAGAGAGUGAAGCUUCUGCCUUGUCUGAGCAUCAUGGUGUAGUGUCAGUGUUUCCAGAUCCGGUUCUUCAGUUACAUACGACAAGAUCCUGGGACUUUUUGGAGUCAGAUUUGGGUAUGAUGCCACGUGGCAUCAUCCCACACCAACACUUUUCAAGCGAUGUUAUUAUUGGUGUUAUAGACACUGGGAUAUGGCCAGAAUCUCCAAGCUUUAAUGAUGAGGGUCUUGGGGAAAUCCCUUAUAGAUGGAAAGGUGUUUGCAUGCAGGGUCGUAAUUUCAAGCUAUCCAAUUGCAACAGGAAAUUGAUAGGAGCAAGAUACUAUAAUCUGCAAAUCACAUUCAGUGGCAACAAGACUCAUGGUGACAAGGGCUCACCAAGAGACUCUGUUGGCCACGGGACUCACACUGCAUCAACCGCAGCUGGAACCCAAGUCAACAAUGCUAGUUAUUAUGGUUUAGCACAAGGAACAGCAAGAGGUGGCUCUCCUUCCACUAGAAUUGCUACUUACAAGGCCUGCUCAGAAGAAGGCUGCUCAGGUGCCACUAUAUUGAAGGCUAUGGAUGAUGCUGUUAAAGAUGGAGUAGAUAUAAUCUCAAUCUCCAUUGGAAUUAGUUCUCUGUUUCAAUCAGAUUUUCUGAAUGAUCCCAUAGCCAUUGGAGCAUUUCAUGCAGAAGAAAAGGGUGUCAUGGUGGUGUGCUCUGCAGGGAAUGAUGGUCCUGAUCCUUACACAGUUGUAAACACAGCUCCAUGGAUAUUAACAGCUGCAGCUUCUAAUAUUGAUAGGAGCUUCCAAUCAAGUGUUCUCCUUGGAAAUGGGAAAACUUUUCAAGGCUCAGGGAUUAACUUCUCAAACCUCACUCAUUCAAAUUUCUAUCCACUUGUUUUUGGGGAGAGUGUGGCUGCUAGAUUUACCCCUGCAUCGGAAGCAAGGAAUUGUUAUCCUGGAUCACUGGAUUACAGUAAAGUUGCUGGCAAGAUUGUGAUUUGCAUUGCUGAUGAUCCAGCUGUUUCAAGACGAAUCAAGAAGCUAGUUUUACAAGAUGCAAGGGCCACGGGGAUGAUACUAAUUGACGAGGACAAGAAGGAUAUUCCUUUUGAUGCAGGCAUUUUUCCGUACACAAAUGUUGGUGAUCUUGAAGGGAAUCAGAUUCUAAAUUACAUUAACUCUACCAAGAACCCAACUGCAACAAUUCUUCCAACAGCAGAAGUUGCUAGGUAUAAACCUUCACCAAUUGUUGCAUCUUUUUCAUCAAGAGGUCCUUCAAUCCUUACAGAAAACAUACUCAAGCCAGACAUUAUGGCUCCAGGAAUUGGCAUUCUAGCUGCCAUGAUACCCAUAAGCACUGAACCAGGAAGUGUUCCGGCAGGGAAAAAACCAUCCCUAUUUGGCAUCAAAUCUGGUACUUCUAUGGCUUGCCCACAUGUGACAGGUGCUGCAGCAUUAAUCAAAUCAGUACACAAAAGAUGGAGUCCUUCAAUGAUCAAGUCAGCCCUAAUGACAACAGCAACAACCUAUAACAACAUGAGGAAGUCUUUGACCAACAGCUCAAACGACUAUGCCAGCCCACAUGAAAUGGGAGCUGGGGAAAUUAGCCCACUCAAAGCUCUCUAUCCUGGUUUAGUCUUUGAAACGGACACGGAAGACUACCUCCAAUUCCUUUGUUAUCAGGGCUAUUCACAGAAAAGCAUUAGGUCAAUGUCUAAGACUAAUUUCAGCUGCCCAAAGAACUCCAGUAAAGACCUUAUAUCCAACAUAAACUACCCAUCAAUCUCUAUAAAACAGCUCAGAAGGAACCAGAAAGCCAAAGUAAUCAGAAGAACAGUUACCAAUGUGGGACCCCUCAAUGCCACAUAUAUAGCUAAGGUGCGUGCACCAGAGGGAUUGAUUGUCAAGGUGCUUCCCAGUAAGCUUGUUUUCUCUGAGAGUGUAAAGAAGCUGUCUUAUGAAGUCUCAUUUGAUGGGAAGGAGACCCAUGGAGGCUACAAUUUUGGAUCUCUAACAUGGCUUGACGGUCGGCAUUAUGUUCAUACGGUAUUUGCUGUCAAUGUUCAAUAACUUGGCACUGCUGUCUUAGUUCAGGUUAUGUUAAUGGACGGACAUACACACAGACACACAUACAGGAUAUUGACCAAAUUCAUUAACAUACAUAUGAUGUAUUGAUUCUUGUUUGUUUUUCUCUAGUUAUGUUAUGGAUUGGAACAACCUUUUUUCCAUUCCCUAAGAAUCAGAACUAUGCUACUUAAUUUCUCGAGAUAUUUUUAACAAGAAGCUUGUGUAUUGUAAUGGGCUCUUCAUUAGUUUUGAAGAGAGUUGAGUGUGUCCUGUGUGAUGGGCUAAAAUUGUGUCCAUGGUUUUUCUAUGGUGCUACCCAUGUGGUCUUUUUAAGUGAUCUGAUUUGAGUUUGUAAUUGUCUUCUGUUUAAGAAUAUCUGUCAUACUUCUGUACUCA